UUUGUGUAUUUUUUCAGUCUCUCAGGUACCUGAAUGUUGGCUUUCUAUCUGAAACUCCUGGAAUUCCUGGAAAUUUUAUUUGAGUUAUAACUUGGCUCAAAUCACACCAUAUAUAUAAAUAUAUAUAUAGUAUACAGGUACUUAGCCCAAGCCUAAGAAUUACUGGACUCCUCUGAUAAGAUAAAUUCAGACAAAGUGGGACUUCCAUCUAGGAAGAUGCAGCCCCUGAACAAGUUGAUGGCUAUCUCACAACCUCACAACCUGACUCUGGAUGAACAAAGUGAGGACCUGAGAGCAGAUGUGUCUUGGCAGCAGGAAACCACCCCAGUCAGGGAGACCUAUGACUCUGAGGCGUCUCGUCAAAAGUUCAGACAUUUCCAGUACUUGGGAGUGUCUGGGCCUCAUGAAGCCCUGAGCCAACUCUGGGAGCUCUGUCUUCAGUGGCUGAGACCAGAGGUUCAUACUAAGAAGCAGAUCCUAGAACUGUUGGUGCUGGAGCAAUUCCUGACAAUUCUCCCUGAAGAGGUCAGGACUUGGGUGAAUUUACAUCAUCCAAAGAACAGCAAAGAAGUGGUGACCCUCAUAGAAGAUGUAAUUGAAGACAAAGAUAUACCCUGCAAGGAUUCUGCCCUUCUCCGGAAGGUGAGUAUCAAGAAGGAGAAAAUGGAAGCAGACUCACUAACAGGCAAAUCCCAGGAGCCAGUGACAUUCAAAGAUGUGGUUGUGGAAUUCAGCGUGGAAGAGUGGGGGCAAUUGGACUCUGCUGUAAAGAACCUGUACAGGGAUGUGAUGCUGGAGAACUAUAGGAACCUCAGUUCAUUGCGUAAAGAGCUUCUAUUUUCCAAACCAGUUGAGGCCCCCAAGUUGGAGAGUAAGAUAAAAGGAUGGAUAAUGGAGCAAGAAAUCCCAAGAACAGCCAUACUGGACACACAAAUAAUUUCAGAAAAUCAGGAUUCAGUUUCAAAGAGAAUUUCUGGAGCAGAAUCAUUCCAUGGAGAGAUAAUGACAACACUGACCCAAAGUAGACUUCCUUCUCUAGAUGCCUGGAAAGGUGAUGAUUGGUUAUAUAGGAACUGGGACAUAAAUUUGCCACAAGAAGCUUUCAUUCAUAAGACAAUCGAUACUGUGGAGGGAGACUUUGAAUAUAGUGAAAAUAAGAAAAGCUUUGAUGUUAAGUCAGUUAACUCAGUUUUGAUAGUUAACAAGGGGUCCCCGAAGUGCAAUAAGUUUAAAACUAAUUUCAAAUUUAAUUUUGACUUACUAGGAAAGCAACAUUCAGAAUAUAAUGAAUGUGGGAAUGCCUUGAGCCUGAGUACAGAUAUUCAACACCCAAAAAGUCAUACCACAAGGAGUUGCUAUGAAUGUUUUCAGUGUGGGAAAGCCUUCAGCCGGAGUUCAUCCCUUGUUCGACAUCAGAUCAUUCACACAGGAGAGAAACCCUAUAAAUGUAGUAAAUGUGGGAGAUCCUUCAACCGACGAACAAACCUUAGUAAGCAUCAAAGAGGUCAUCCAGAAGUAAAGGCCUACAAAGGAAAUAAAUGUGAAACAGUCUUCAGUAAGAGUGAAGACAGUAAUAAAAAUCCAAGUCUCCAUCCUAGAGAUAAUACUUAUGAAUGUGUAAACUGUGGAAAAUCCUUCAGCCGGAGCUCCUCACUUAUUCGACAUCAAAUGAUUCAUACCGGAGAGAAACCAUUUAAAUGUAACAAGUGUGAGAAAACUUUCAACAGGAAUUCAAACCUUAUUAAACACCAAAAACUUCAUACUCAAGAGAAGUCCUAUAACAAGUAAAUGUAAUAUUGCCUUUAGUCAGAGUGCAGAACUCAUUCAACAUCCAUGAACUUAUGCUGGAAGGAAUCCUAUGAAAAUGCAAAUGGAAAAAAGAAACUUUUUCAGAGAUUAUUCUCUAAUUGAUAAUGACAAAAUUAAUAUUGGAGGGAAAUCUGUUAUUGGAUAGAAAUCUCAGGCAGAUUUUCCUGGCUCCCAGA